AUGGCGCUAUAUACCCAGCCGGUGUCAGCAUCAUCCAGGCCACAAAUUCUUCUAUACACUGCAACGACUGGUUUCCGACACGACUCUAUUCCUGUUGCAAUUGCCGCUUUGAAAGCAAAAGAAGACGAGAUCGAUAUUGACUUUUUCGCGACGGAGGACCCUGCACAAUUCACGGAUGAGAGUCUUGCUAGGUUCGACGCGGUGUUAUUCCUGAGCACCACAGGCGACGUUCUGGACGCAGCGGGAGAGGCUGCUUUUCAGCGGUAUUUGAACUUGGGAGGGAAUUUUGUGGGCAUUCAUUCCGCGGCGGCCACCCUGGAAAACACGACAUGCUACGUCAGGGAACUAGGGGCGGUCUUCGAUUACCACCCAGAACUACAAAAUUUCACAGUAGAUGUAUUGCAGCCGUCACAUCCCAGCGCCAGUAUGCUUCCUGCUCAAUGGACCGUUGCAGAUGAAGUAUAUAACUUCAAGUCGGAUCCACGUGCUCUAGGAGCAGUCGUGGUACUAUCCGCCAAUAAAGCGAGUUAUCAUGAUCCUGUCGGAAGUCACUUCGACCAGGGCGAGCCACAUCCCACAGCUUGGUUCCAAGAGCACGGAGCUGGUGUCCAAAAAGGAGGCGUCGCGGGGCGUAGCUUCUACACAAGUCUUGGCCACUUGAACGAAACUUGGCAGAACGAACUGUUCCUUGAGCACAUUUUGGGCGGUAUCUCAUGGGUCCUUCAGGCCAAUACCACUCGAGGAUUCAACGUAAAUGGUCGUGUUGGGAACCCGAUGAGCAUUAACUCCAAGUCGGUCACAACAAGCAUGCUGGCCCCCCAGUCAAGCAACGAACCCAAUGCUCAACACAGCGGUACUCAGGGUAAUGCCUUCUCGGCGUCUCAGGUGGUAACGGGUGUGGCAACCCUAUUGACCCUCGGUGUUGGCCAAAUUCUAGCAAAAAAGAUCAAACUUAUAUAG